AUGUGGCCAAGAAGUGCUCUCGUGCUCUUCGCCCUCCUCGUCGUCUCCAGUGCCAAGGUUCCGAAGACGUCGUCGUCUUGCACCGCCUGUGAUCGGGAUGCAUGUCCCGACGUCUCCGGAUGUUCCCAACUGAAAAAGGAUCAAUGCGAUUGCUGUCAGGUCAGUUGAACAUUGACAGUAACCACAUUCACUCGUACACCCCUACUUUCCCUUCUUUCGCCAGACUCUGAAUUCAGACGACAGUCAAUAGAAGCGUGAAUCAUGUCGCCAUAAAAACUAGAGCUUUUCGCUGUUUAUGUUCAUACAAUAAACAAAACUAUUGCAGAUUUGUGUGCGACAAGUUGGCGAAACGUGCGGAGAGCCGGCUCUUGUCUGCGACUCGCACCUCACUUGUCACCAGGAUAACGACCUCGACGGACCAGCCCGUUGCGAAGGUGGGCUAUCCUCAUUAGCAUAAUUCACUUCGGAACCCAUGAAAUGCUUUACAAGGACUUCGUCUUCUUCUUCUUCUCCUUAAUUAGAAAGCGAGUGAAAAAAGACAGAUCUUCUGGGAUAGGGUCAUUUUAUGGCUGAAAUUCGAUAGGCUUCUUCUUUUUCGUCACAAAAACGCCUGCUCGAAAUGGUGGCGGUUUGUGCUGUGCUGUCUGUGUGUGCUCGCCGGACUCAAUCCGCCUGCUCCGAAUAUACAAUUUCUAUUUACUUUACUCCGCUGCCGGAGUUUUUGGAAAGGAAAAGGAAAAGGUGCUGGACGACGUCCUUCUCUCCCCGCCCAACGUUUUCAAUCAAAACUUGUUUAUGCGAACUUCCACUGAUCCUUGAUCAAGAGAGAACACCACUACCAAAAAAGUCAGGGGGAAAAUUCAAAUGGAAAGCGGCGCGCGAGAGCGGCGGACACAAAAAGUGAGUAACCAGCGAUUGCGCAAGAAAGGGAAAAGAAAGAGUUGAGAGAAGUCAGAAGUGCCGCCGACUGAUUGGCCCCGCCCACUCGGAGGGCCACUGCCGCAGAGAGUCCGCCGCCAUAAGCGACGUAAAUCAUUGGCAAAGUAGACAAUUAGGAGGACGUGUCCCUUUCAAGAAGAGUUCAGUGCUGUUGCCUGGCUUCUUCUAAAAAUGGCACGGCUUCUCCUCUCCAACCAAAAACCAAAACGACUAGUUCUCUUUCCGAACACAUCUCCCUCUGAUGCUCUCUGACCGCCUGAAACAUCUCUCCGUGGCAACUUUCAACUGUCCGUUCCUGUCGUCAACUUGUCAUUCAUUCCGUUUUCCUCUCUGCUAACCUCCGAUCAGAUGUUCCUUGUUUUUGUCGCAUGUGAUGAUGCUCUCUGCUCUCGCUCUAAUCCUCUCUGUCCCACUCACUAUUUACAGCUCGGGAAUGCGUCUAACUGUCUGUGUUCUCCUCCCGCUUCUCGUCCCUCUUGGCUCGACGACUCAUGACCGCACGGACCCUCCAGGUGAUUCUCAGUUCUCAUGAAGCUCUGCGGGAACAGUGCACGCUGGCGCCUGACGUCGAAGAAUUGAAAACAACGAGAGCGGCAUAUUUAAGACAGACGGUGGCAGAAAAGGGAGGAAAAGAAAGUGAAACGCCGUUUUGUUGACAAACGGAACUGUGCGUGACGUCUUUCUUUGAGUGACAUGAAUCACGACGUUGCAAUGUUUCCGACGUCUCCAUUUUUGUAUUCAGUGUUCUCUUUUACAUAUGCCGAGUGUCACCUCCUGCCAUUCUCCCUCCGAUUUCCUCUCGGAAAUGCCUUCUUUCUUUAACUUCUUCUUCCACCAUUUCCAUCUAUUCGAGGAUGCGACACCCAAAAACAAAGAAGGCGUGAAAUGAGUGGUCCGCCCCGUUUGUCAUCGCGUAAACAUCGGCUUCUCCGCUUUCCGGGCGGCCUCUGCCCACCCAAUUGGCAACAUGCUCAAUUUCUCUUCCCGGUUCGAGUGUCCCUGUGUCAAUCUCACCCGCUCAUGUCUUUCCUAUCAUCUGGGGACAUCCCAAUGGGAAAAGGCGCCCCGCUUUCCCAUCGAGUUCUUUCGAACACAUGAUCGAGCCGUGUGAGGGAAACGUUUUUUCACCGGGAGGUGGUGGUGGCGAGAAAAACAAACACGACAAUAUUCCGAAUCGUCGCACAUUGUUUCUUCAUUCAUUGGUGUUUGAUGCUCUCACUCCGAUCCUCCCCGCCAAUUUAUACCAGGGGCACUCGCACUCUUGUUAUCAUAUGAUCGCCCUCUCAGUUCUCUAAACUCGUACACAGCUCCGCUCCCACUACAGUAUCUCUUUCGCUUUUCAAAAAUAAGAGAUUGUGCUCGUUAGAGUCUCCCAUUAAACGCCAUUUGUGUGAUUUUAAAGUUCAGUCUAGUAUUCCAUAAUGCAUUCCCAUUUCCCAUUCGCACCUCUUUCGUACUCGCCGACGUACCGCCAUCACAUUUCCACUCACCUUUUUUGGAGACGAAUAUGCUUCGAAUGCGUCCGCAUUUGCAUUUUUCGCGAACUUUGAGCAAGACAAAUGGCUUGACAGCCGCCCUCCUGCUUCUUCUUUCAACGUGCCCUUCUUCUUCUUCUUCUUCUUCUUCUUCUUCUUCUUCUUCUUCUUCUUCCUUGCCCCGUUUUGAAUUCCAUUCUCAUUCCCCCCUGAGUUUUCUCCUCUAAUUGCCGCCUCGAACGGCCCAUCAACUCAUCCUCAUCACAUAGACAUCUCUUCUUUUCUGUCCUACCCAAAAAGUCAUCGAAUUAAUCAAUCAAACGAAUAAGAGGAAGACGUCGUCGGUCCGCCACAUCUGCUGCUGCUGCUGCAACACUUCUUGUAAACGGGUGCAGCAAGACAAUGCCAAAUGACAUCUGCAUGUCGUUUUCGUUUUCUGCUUGGGCCCCCCUAAUUAGUUGAUGAUGAGCGACGAGGAACGAAUAAUAGAGGAGGGGAUACUGUAGGAAGGGGGAAUUCUUGGAAUAUGUGGGAACAACAACAGCACAGACGGGGGAAAAGCUGAUAAAAUGGCAAACAUUUCGGGAGGGGAAAAAUAAUUCGUUCUCGUCCUUCCCUCUUCCUCCCACUCGCCAUCAUUCUCUUGUGUGUAUUUCCAGAAAGAAUGCACGACGAAUGCCUGAAAGCGGUGUGUCCACUGAUGUUCCAUCAAGGAUGCCCGCCCGACUCUCAGCUGAUCACCGAGACUCCGACUCCCGGCAACUGCUGCCCUCCGCCCGGAACGUGCCACUGCGACCAGAAGGUAAGUUCUCCGCCUUCCCAACUCCGCGUGCAGACCCGCAAUUCGUCGAAAUGUAACUGUUUUAUUUGUCCUCGGCCAGAGAUGAGUGCACAAACCGAACAGAGCCAUCUCUCUGCUUCUCGGCCGGCCCGGCCCUCAGUCUUGUUUUACUUUUUGACGUAUCGAGACCAUUGUUUGGAGGGAAGCGCCGGGUAUCAAAAUCGAGAGACUCUUGAAAACGAAAUCGAGAUGAAUGGGGGAUCUUUGCAGAAAUGUGUGCCGUUCGUACCAACUUGCACCAAAGAAGAGCGACUUGUGAUGGUCGAGAAGGGGUCGGAGGUCCCCGGAAAGUGCUGCGCCUACUAUGAAUGCCACAAGAAAGGUUGGAAGAGCGUCCCGACGUCGACAUCUUCAUCCAUUGUUCCCAAUUUCAGAAAAGAAGUGUGAGAAUGUGCACUGUCCUCCGGCCAUCAACGAUGAGGAGGAGUGCCCGGCGGACAGCAUCCGUCCGCCCGACAUGACGCCGAGUGAAUCGUGCUGCCCCGUGAAACAGUCGUGCAAAUGCCGCGGCUCCAUCUGUCGCCCGGCUCAGUGCCCCGACGGAGAGUCCGUGUUCGUGACGAAGAAGGGAACCGGAUUCCCAGGAAGGUGCUGUGACGAGUGGGAGUGCGUCGACGACGAGUUGUCCAAGGCCAAGUGCCUUCAGAAUAACAUCGAGAGACAACCGGGAGAAGUGUGGCACGUCAACAACUGCGAAACGUGCACUUGUCUCCGCGGAGUCUCGGUUUGCAGCAAAAUGAGCUGCGCCAAAGUGAACCGUGAGUAGAACCGCAUUCUCUUCUUCUAAUCGUCAUAUAUCUUCAGAAGAGUGCACUUGGAUCGGAAUCCCGCCCGGAGAGUGCUGUCCAGUCUGUCUCGGCUGUCAGACCGAUAAUCAAACCAAGCUGGAUCGAGGUGACUCGUGGCACAAGGACGACUGCACUUUCUGCACUUGCUCGGAACUCGGAGCUCAUAUGUGCGAGAAACACAUGUGCAAGACGGACUGCGAGAAUCCGAGAAAGGUGGAGGGACAGUGCUGUCCGGUGUGCGACGAGCCGACCAUCAUCCGCCCGCCGGCCACUUGCCCUUCCCUCGAACACUGUUCUUUGAGGCGAGUCUUCUUUGUGAACUUGAAAAAACUGAACUGAUAGUAUUUCAGAUGUGCGAACGGUCUGCGAAGAGAUAACAUUGGCUGCUACGUUUGCGAGUGUCUACCGGACGAAGUGCCCACCAACCCCAGAUGCAGAGAGCUCAACGAUGAAAACUGUGAAAAGUAGGCAGAUUCCUGCUAAAAAUCCCAUCAGAACCUGAAAUUUCCAGGCAAUGCGCCCACGGAUACCUGAAAGACGAGGACGGAUGCACCGUGUGCAAGUGCUCAAAAUGCCCUCCUUUGCACCAAUGUCACAAGCACUGUCUAUACGGAUUCGAGACCAAUUCGGCCGGCUGCUCGUUGUGCAAGUGUCGAGGUAUUUCAUUUCAUGCAAAGUUUUACGAACUAACGUGGAGAUUUCAUUUCAGCUUCAUCGAAAUCGGAUAAGAAGCCAAGCACAACGAAAUCGACGAAACUUGGAAGCGGCGCCUCACAUCUUAGUGAAUAUCACAGUGAAAAGUGAGCGGAGCAAUGGGAUGAAUGUUGAAUUUCGAUCCGUUUCAGAUGCAUCUCCUUCGCAAGCGACGGUCACCAGAUAGUGCGAGACGGAGGAGAGUGGUGGAGCGACGGGUGCCGUCACUGUUUCUGCGAGAACAAGCAAGAGUUCUGCUCGCUCAUUUCGUGUCCGUCGAAACCGGCGGACUGUGCAGACGAGAGUUGGGUGCAGAAAGAAGGUUGGUGAAGGGAGAGAGCAAUGAAAUCAGAAUUCCGGUCGUACAGAUGACUGCUGUCCAUCGUGCGUCGAUCAGAAGAAAAAGAGCAAGUCGAGCAACUCUCUGGCCGGACAGAAGCACGAGCACACCGUCUGUCAGUCGCCGGGAACCGGAAGACUCUUCACCGACGGCGAGACGUGGCAACUGGCUCCGUGCGUCUCGUGCACUUGCCGCGUAGGCCACGUGCUGUGCAGAACCACGGAAUGCCCGCCGAUCGCGUGCCCGAAUCCCGAGUAUCAGAAUGAGGACGACUGCUGCCCCACGUGCCCCGAGAAAAAGGUGACGAGCACAAAAAACGAGAAGGGAGACACGAUCGUGUGCCAGGACGAGUCGGGAACCGCGCACAUCGUCGGUAAGUGCUCGACAAGAGCGGGCGGUUCCUAACGAAUCCAAGAUUAAUGCAGGAUCCUCGUGGCGCCAAGAUGACUGCACCUCCUGCGUGUGCUCGAACGACGGCUCUUCCGACUGCUACAAAGAAGCGUGCGACGAGAACCUCGAGUGUCGAGGCAAUCCGCUCGUCAUCAAGGGAAAGUGCUGUCCGGUGUGCUCCGACGCGCUUUCCACAUCCGCCGUCUGCUCCUAUCAAUCGUCAGUGUACGCCAUCGGAGAGCAGUGGCAGGACGGAAGAUGCUCGAAUUGUUCGUGCGUGGCCGGCGGUCAGACAGUCUGUCGUCAGAUGGUCUGUCCGCACUGCGACGAUCCGGUUCCCAUUGAAGGACACUGCUGCCCUCUCUGCAAAGGUAUUCUUAAGCAUUUGAACAGGUCUUCAAUAAUGAGACGAAAGUUUUCAGAUGCGAAAUGGGGUCCGUACGGAUACGGAAACGGAUCGGCGGCGUUUCCGACGUCUUUCGGUCCGCGCAUCGAUAACGCGGAUGGCAGCUCGGCCACCUCUCUGAUCGUCGUCUCGCUCAUGUCCCUUUGCGUCGUCGUACUCGUCAUUGUGCUGAUGUUUCUCUACAAAAGGAAUAGAAAAAGCAACAAGGUAUCCAGUAUUACUCAGUUAUUCGUUGAGAAGAGAUUAUCAAUUUGCAGCUGCACAAGUUCAACGAAGUCGGACAAAUCGCAUCGGGCGGCGCGUCGAGCGUCAGAUUGUCGGCAUCGAAAACAAUCGGAUCAAUGCCGAGAUUGGUUGACUGGAAGGACACGAGAGACGAGUGAGCGACUGCCAUUAGAGGGAACAGAACAGAAAGUAACAUGCAAUUUCAGAAGCGGAGAAGAGUUUCUGAAGGCGACCGCCAACCACAUUCGACACGAUUCGCAGAACUCGGACGACCAAUCGGACAGUCUACUCUCCACAAUGUACUCCUCAAUCACUCCGCUUCUUACGAUCCAAUCGAUUCUGUUUCAGGAGUGACACCUCGACGGCUCCUUCGACCAUCUCCUCUUCCGGCCACGUGCCGAUCUCCGACACUCAGCCACUGACUCCAAAGCGCCGGUAUCCGGUGUAAGGCGUCGUUUUCCCCGCCGUUUUGUCAUCUCUCUUGUUCUUUUCCUCAUUGUCUUGCGGGUAUUUGAAACCCGCGCAUACCCCUUUCCAGUAGAGUUGUCUGUCACACUUUCUCUUCCUUUUCCCUGUUCAUUUUUAUCUUUUCACCCUCUCACUAAACUUUUAACACUCGAUGCGGGUCGUCGCUGUCCCUUUUUACUGAAAGCUUUUCGUCUCGCUCUCAUCCGUUUUUGUACAGUUAUGAUUAUUUUGAACACAAUCACUCGCAACUCGCAACCAUUCUGCAUUUUCUGGAAACCAAAUAAAUAAAGUGAAUUUAAAUAUGAUGUUGCAUGUCGAUGGGAAAGAACGAUUGGGAUUUCGAAACGUUAUAGCACCAUGCCAAGUGGAUUCGGAAAAAGAGCAAUAAGGAAUUAAAGGAUUUCCGAUUUCGAAUGCAAGCAUUCAACACAGAGUCGAUAGUCCGAUCGGUCUGUAACUUGGACCCAAUAUACAGGGAGCGCCAAAAGUAUGGUAACACAUUCUGCUUGCGUAGAUUCCGUACUUCGAGACGAGCAUCAUUCAUUCGUCGCACUAACUUCCUCACUGUUUACAGUGCGAUCAUAGUUUUGGAAAGGACAAAGUUAAGCGGUUCGGAUGAACAGCAAUCUUCGGAAUUGACCAACGACUAA